AUGAAAACCAGAUUAUGCGUAAGUGCACUGAAACAAGGACAAAACAUAAUUAUUCAUAGUUCGGCUGAUUCUUCAGUUACAAUUCCCUUCGGAAGGACUUACAGGGACUUGGAUACUUCUCGUCCUCAAGCGGAAGAUCAAUUGGCCCAAUUUAACUUUUGUGGUUGCGGCUGGCCCGAUAAUCUCUUAAACCCCAAAGGGAAGCCCUGA